AUGGAUGACUAUUUUUUACGAAAAGGUGAUGUCAUAUCAUUUGAAUCUCCUCGUGAACCAGGUAUUUUUAUGAUCAAACGCGUAAAAGCAUUAGAAGAUGAAAUGAUUUAUGAUACAAUAAAACAAAAAGAAACAAAAGUGCCAAAAGGACAUGUAUGGGUCGAAGGUGACAAUAAACGUGCAAGUUAUGAUAGUCGUCAUUUUGGUUGUAUUGCUCGAGGCUUAAUAACUGGACGAGCGUUGUAUGUUAUUUGGCCACUAAAACGUUUCGGUGCUAAGUUAACACUGUUCAACGACGAUGGUGAUGAAGAUAAUGAUUAA